AUGGUUCCCUCGUCCGUCAUUGAGGAUGCAGCAGUUCAGGAAGCUUACAAUGAAGAUGUCGCUUCUCCUCUGUCAGCGCAGAGCACACCCUUCGCGGACUCGAGCAGCACGCCCCCACCCACUGAUAGGUCUCCCUUGUCGUUCGUUCCUGCUGGAGCCUCUUCUCCCUUGCCGUCACAGGCUACUUCAUUGUUAGCUUCCCCUUCCGCGCCGGCUAGCGCGUCUUCUGCUUCUGUUCCGGAUCCUCCACCUCUUCGCCGUAGCGAUCAAGUUCGGUAG